CUGUCAUUGGCUCUCUGGUCCCAGGGGGCGGGCCCUCGGCGGCGGUGCGCUCGCAGCAGCGCGUACUUCCGGAUGCGACUCCGCGGUCCAUUCUCGCAUCUGCUGCAAUGGCUGCCGCAGUUCUGCUGCGGCAAGGACGAGUCGGGGCGCUGAAGACCCUGGUCCUAGAAGCACGAGUGUUUCGAGGACUUGCCCCUGCAGUUUCUUUCUCUGCAGAAUCAGGAAAGAGUGGAAAAGGACUGCCACUGAAGCCCAAGAAUCAAAAUUCAUCAAAAAAUGUAGUGGAACCAAAGGAGAGGGGCAAGCUACUAGCCACCCCAACAGCAGCUGAAUUGUCUAAAAACUUACCUUCACCCAGUUCUAACCUAUCAGUUGUGAAUCCAGGUGGGAAGGUAGCUGGCCCUGACCCUGAUGGCAGCGUGCUGUUUGCAGAUGAAGGGGUUCCGAAGUUUAUGUCAAGAAAGACUUUGGUAGAGUUUCCUCAAAAAUUUCCAUCUCCAUUCAGAAAACAGGGUUCCGAUUCAGAAGCCCCUCCACAGAGCAGGAGCGGUCCGGGCAACUCAUCUUCAUCAUCUUCGUCAGGCUCCUCCGAUUCAGAGUCUGAUGAGGAGGGUGGUGGCUCAGGAGUCAGAGGCAAAGGAGGGCCUCCAAAACCAGAGGCCUCCCAGUCCUUUAAAAAUGCAGCAUCAGGAAAAGGGAAGACCUGGUCACAGCAGCCACAGCCAGACCUCAGCUCUUCAGAGAGGCCCCGCCAGGCAAAGAAGAAAGGAACCACCAUUAAGCCAUCAGAGGACGGAACAGGUGCUAAACCAAAAACUCCAACACCCAAGUCGCAAGUGGGUCAAGAGCUUAUGAGGCAGAAUGUGAAGGGAAAACAGCUGCAGAAACUAUUUAGAGCACAUGAUGUAGAUAAAGAAAGCCAGAAGCCAUUUAAAAAGACCCUCCCUAGCCAUGCAAAACCAGGAUUAUCUACACAACCCACUGGUGGCCCAAGGCCCUCUCAGCUGCCAGAAGAAACCAAACAGGCAGCUCCUUCUGAGACCAGAGAGAGACUUCGGGAAAAACAAGAGCUAGUACCUGGCACAGAGGUGGCUUUUUCCCUGCCCAGAAAAGAAAAUUCGGGGAAGCAGGUAACGGAAGAAAUUCUGAAGGCUAAAGAAGAGAUUUCAGAGGAUCAUAUACGCAUAGAAAACUUGAAGCCAGUUCCUGUUCAUACUAAAGCCUUUCCUGAUGACAGACUAACGGCACCGGCACCUGAGGGCCAGGGCGGAACCAUUGAAGAUGCAGCCGCGCAGGCGGAGGGCCAGGACACCGCGCAGGAGCCCACCCAGGCCUCCACGCCCAUGGGGACCUUCAACAACACCACCUACCGGAACCUCCAGCACCAUGAUUACAGCACGUACACCUUCCUAGACCUCAACCUGGACCUCACCAAGUUCAGGAUGCCUCAGCCCUCCUCAGGACGAGAGUCACCUCGCCACUGAGAGCUCAGUUUAAAAAUUAACUCAACGCUGGCUUUGCUGUGUUCUUGCCUGCAAAAAUAAAAUCCACUCCACAGUCA